CAAGAAUCAAAAGUGACAUACCCCAUGGCAACAAAUUCAAUCAAGCUAUCCCUCAUUUUUCUUCUAACAAUUUUCAUAACCUCAAAGGCCAUAUUACAUGACCAACUUAAAGAAACAAACAUGACACUAUAUUUUCAAGAUUGGUCUGGUGGUCCAAAUGCUACUGUGCUACAAAUAACAGGCCAUCAAGAUCAUGGUCUUCUAAGUUUUGCCAAAUUUGGUUCUGUUUUCGUUACUGAUGAUCCAAUAACACAAGCCUUCGAUAAAAACUCUGCGGAAAUCGCUAGAGCUCAGGGCAUAUAUGUUACGUCUGCAUUGGAUGGCAAAAUUUCUCAUGUGUUAAUAUCGAUUAUUUUCACCAAUAAUGAAUAUAAAGGUAGCACUUUGGAAAUUCAAGGUGCUAGUCCUCAAUUUGAAAGAGUAAGAGAAGUGGCAAUUGUUGGUGGUACUGGAAAAUUUAGACUUGCUCGUGGAUAUGCAACUUUUGAGACUAUUCACUUUGAUUUGGCAAUUCAUUACGUUGUUAUUCAGUGUAAUGUUACCAUUUUACAUUACUAA